AUGGGAAAUGGAUGAAAAACACGAAAAGAGACCGAGAUGAACACGCAUUUCCGCUAGUUAUGAAUUAGAAAGUUUCUAGCUCACCUUUAAACACGUAAGACUGUGCUUCCAAUAGCACUGAAACGUAAUAAGAGGUUUUAAUGCGGUUAUUCUUUCAUUUACAAAACAUUAACGCUGCAUUCAAUUGGUCAGGAUAUUUUAAUUUUGUAGGCCGGCAAACUCGUACAAACAAAGUGGUACACUAAGAAAAUGGAAAUCUCGUGUAACGCACGGAAAGGCAACACAUGAGAGAAAAUGCUGCCUGAGAAGCUGAACUCAGGGCACUAACCGCUCUGCGUUCCAGGAAGCGGAUAUUGUUGACGUUUUCAUCUCAACGGCAUCCGGUUUUUAAGGCGGACUGGCUUGGUGAAACAGCAGUUUACGGCGUAAUUAUCCACUAUAUACCCCGGAGGACAUAAAACAUUGCCCGACCGGAUCUGUUGCUCAACAAUGGAGGCGGUUUUCGUCGAUUUGUCUUGCGUUCUCGGCCUGUCCGUGGACACCAGCUCGGCUAGUUAGCGCAGCUGGCUAACUGGCUGAUUAAACCCUGUCAAGUGCUCGGCUGCUUGUCUGACUAGGUGACGGAGGAAAAUUGUCAAGAGGAGGAAAUAAUUAACCUUUUAUCUAGCUUUAUAAAGCUUUACCGUAGACACAUCAGACUGAGAGGAGUAGCUGGUAUGAACGGGAGCGUUCAAGGGCUGUUGGCUUGACUUUUGGUUUAGUUGGCUGUAGAUUGUGUGGAGUAAGUAGACGAUUCGAGGAGUGGGGUUAUAAACGGAAUAAUAAAUGAUAAGACAGGGACUGUUAACACGGCGUUGCUUGCUUUGGUUUACAGUUUGUGUUGACGAUGACAGUGUGUUUUGAUAACCGCAAAGGCUCGAGGUUUCCCUGAUUACUCUUCCGCGAACACUACAUCUGGAAAAUAAGGGUCUUGUAAUUUUCAUAUGAAAAUCACUGGAUUCAUUUGACUGAACGGGUUUGCUUUAGGGCAGAGGUACAUGUAACGUUAGUCUUUUGCAAGUCAACGUGUCACACGUCUUGUGUACACUGGAUCCGGAUGACAGCUCGGAAAAGUAAACGUGUGACAGACCAACCUGCUCGCAGGACUUGAAGCAACUUUACACUACAGCUCAUGUCUGAGGCAUCUCUAUCAGAUACACUCAGAUAUCAGGUUACUUAAAAUAACAUUCCUACAAAUAUAUUUAGUUGCAGUUUUGACUGUAAGUAUACAUGUUGCUGCACACAUUGUACACAGUCACUCUUUGACUCAUAGUUUUGUUUUAGGUGUUUGCUGAGAAAGACAGAUGGAGUGUAAGUGGGCAAGUGUGAGUGACAAACUACGAUUGUUUCGUGAGACUAUCUGUACCCACUGAUGAUGAGAUAUAAUAUUAAUGGGAUGGUGUAGGUUUAUGUUUCCUUGGUGUUUUUGUUAUUUGACGAUGUUUGGUUAAGGCAGUGUCAAUGACUAGAUAUUUACUCAGUCACUGACUAGCCAAGCUGUAGUUGUAUAAUACGAUCUUGCCCAGCUGCCACAAUGCCGCCUGUACUGUUCUUACUGAUUCUGUCUGGAGCACUAUGCAGUCUCGGACAGGCCAUGUCACGGGAGGAGAAGCACAGGUUGAGGAACCAAGUGGUUGAGAUGUUUGACCAUGCAUAUCAGAAUUACAUGGACCAUGCAUACCCAGCAGAUGAGCUGAUGCCUCUAACAUGCAGAGGAAGAGUACGUGGACUUGAACCCAGUCGAGGUGACAUAGACGAUGCUCUGGGAAAGUUCUCUCUGACCCUCAUAGAUACUCUGGAUACUCUGGUGCUUUUGAAUAAGACCACAGAGUUUGAGGCUGCGGUGAGAAGAGUCUUGUCAGAUGUGAGGCUGGAUAAUGACAUUGUAGUGUCGGUCUUUGAAACCAACAUUCGAGUCCUUGGGGGUCUGUUAGGAGGGCACUCCAUGGCUGUGAUGCUGAAGGAGGGAGGUCAGAACAUGCUGUGGUAUCAGGAUGAGCUACUGCAUAUGGCCAAAGACCUUGGUCUCCGACUGCUGCCGGCCUUCAACACCAGCAGUGGCUUGCCUUACCCCCGGGUGAACUUGAAACAUGGUGUCAGGGGUCCUGAGACGAGAACAGGCACAGAAACAGACACUUGUACUGCGUGUGCAGGAACCAUCAUCCUGGAGUUUGCUGCCUUAAGUCGCUUCACUGGGGAUCCUGUGUUUGAGGCCCAUGCCCGGAGAGCCUUGGACUUUCUGUGGGAAAAAAGACAGAGGAACAGCAAUCUGGUGGGAACCACCAUCAACAUUCACUCUGGAGAGUGGGUCCGAAGAGACAGUGGAGUCGGCGCGGGAAUUGACUCAUACUAUGAAUACCUACUAAAGGCCUACAUUCUCUUGGGAGAUGACCUGUUUCUGCAACGGUUCAAUAUUCACUAUGCAUCUAUAAUGAAGUACAUCAGCCAGCCUCCUUUGCUGCUGGAUGUCCACAUUCACAAACCUCUGCUUCCCGCUCGCACCUGGAUGGACUCUCUGCUGGCCUUCUUCCCUGGACUGCAGGUGUUGAAAGGUGAUAUCCGUCCUGCUAUCGAGACUCACGAGAUGUUGUACCAAGUUACCAAGAAACACAACUUCCUUCCAGAGGCCUUCACUACUGAUUUCAGGGUACACUGGGCCCAACAUCCCCUAAGGCCUGAGUUUGCAGAGAGCACCUAUUUCCUUUACAAGGCCACAGGAGACUCCUACUACCUGGAGGCAGGUCGCACCAUCCUGGACAACCUCAAUCGCUUUGCUCGUGUUCCCUGUGGCUUUGCUGCAAUGAAGGACGUGCGAACUGGGAGCCAUGAGGACCGAAUGGACUCGUUCUUCCUUGCUGAGAUGUUCAAAUACCUGUUCCUGCUGUUUGCUGAAGCGGAGGACCUGCCAUUUGACGUGGAGGACUAUGUCUUCACAACUGAGGCACACCUGCUUCCUCUGUCCCUCUCCGCAGCCCCUCACUCUUCAUCUGUUCCCUCAAAUAGAACGUCAGAGGAAGACCUGGACGACUCUAACUUUGAUUGGACCUGCCCUAACACUCGCCUAAUGUUUCCUGACCCCGCCUUCCCCCGUAACCUAAGAGAACCAAUCCGUAGUGCUGUGGACAAGAGCUGCCCCCGUCCUGCUCCUUACCGGGAGCCCGGAAUGGGUCGUCCUCCCUUGAGGGCUCAGGACUUCAUGGCAAACAACCCUGAACAUCUGGAGCUGCUGAGGAGGAUGGGAGUCAGUCUCAUCCACCUGAAAGAUGGCAGAGUGCAACUGGUCCAACAUGCUACACAGGCGGUGAGUGCAGUAGCAGCCGAGGACGGCGUGCGUUUCAUGCAGGAGAUGAUGGAGCUGUCCAGCCAGCAGCAGAAAGAGCAGCUGCCUCCCAGAGCCAUUCAGAUCGUCUCACAUCCGUUCUUUGGCAGGGUUGUACUGACCGCCGGCCCGGCGCAGUUUGGCACAGACCUGUCCAAAAGUUCCACAGGGGUACGAGGCUUUGUGACUGUGGCUGAACCCUACAGUGGCUGCACUGAGCUCACCAAUGCUGAGUACGUCCAGGGCCACAUCGCUCUUCUCCAGAGGGGUCAGUGCAUGUUUGCAGAAAAGGCCCGACACAUCCAGAGGGCUGGCGCCAUCGGAGGCAUAGUCAUUGACGACAACGAGGGCAGCAGCAGUGACACAGCUCCCCUGUUUCAGAUGGCUGGGGAUGGCCGCAACACAGAUGACAUCACCUUGCCUCUCCUCUUCCUGUUCCACAAGGAGGGCAACAUCCUGUUGGAGGCACUGAAGGAGUACAGGGAGGUGGAGGUGCUGCUGAGCGACAAAGCCAGAGACAGAGCAGCCAUAUUCAAAGGCAAACCUCUUCCUGGCAGCCUGAUUGAGGGCAGUGUGGACGUGCAAGAAGCAGAGGACGACUGCUUAACUGAGGCAACAACUCCCACCCCAUUUGAACCUACCAGCCAAACACAAAUGAGCACGGUGGAGCUAGACGAAUCGGUUUCAGAGGAGGUUUCUCCAUCACAGGAGGAAGUCAGUCCUGUAGAUGAAGAAAAUAGUAGUGCAGAGGAAGUUAAUCCACUGGAAGAGGAAGCUAUUCCUACAGAGGCAGAGGCCGAUUUGGCUCAGCCUAAAGAGAAGAGAGACGCUGACAGGAGGGAGGAGUCUGAGGGCGACACAGACUCAAGCAGCCAGUCAGUGGAUGAACUGCUGGCUGAUUGGCGGGAAGACUUGGAGGCUUUCCAGCAGAUGGAGAAGGAUGAGCUCUGAUGGUUGUCGGGCGUGUCGCACCCUGUGACUGUGAUUUGAUCCCCCCAUGGGGAGAGCCCCAGAGGGAGCGCAUCCUCUCACCAGCCUCAAUCUUAUGAACUCAAAGGAAGCUCCCUGUGGAUGGUACCAAGUGCCAAGGCAGCAACAUGUUGUAUCUCUGGACCAUACGGAAGUCGUUUUUAGCCUGGUAGAUGAUUGAUGAGCGACCAGGGUUCUUACCUCACUUUUCUCACGCAGAGUCUGCCAAUGUCAUAACAAAACCCAAUGAAUGACAUGGACCAGACUGUAUGUAACGCUGUCUCACUUUCCAGUCCAAAUUACUUACACAUACAUGUUGUUGUUCUCUAUGCAUUUCUGACUCAUUUUUGCUUGAAUGAAUGCUGGUCCAACAGCUGUGUUCUGACUAAUUUAUCCAUCGACCAAUUUUAUUUGAACGUGAUGAUUACUGGUGUUGAUACAUUUACUGUUUUCGUGGUCUUGGACCUAAUCACAUGUACAGCAUUGAUGUGAGUUAAAGGCAUAAUACAAGUGGGGAUAAGUUACAUCAAACAAGCUGCAGGAUCUUUUUACGGCUUUAUGGUAGACAAACUCAACACCAAAUGAAUCUCUCUGGAGGUAUAUGAAGUCAUCUGUCAGUGUAAAUAUGUUUUUGUCUAUAUAUAUUUACUGAGACAUUUUAUGGCACUGUUCGCUCAGGUUCUGGUUUUCCUCACGACCAACAACCUCUGGACCACAUUGGGUGGAGCAGACACACCCUCAGAGGCGCAGUGGUUUGGAUUACACACCCGCAGACCGCCACAGGAGGGCGCUAUAUGAUGUCUGUCAUACUGUAGCUGCUGACUGGAGGGAGCAGAAGUAAACCAAUAAAUGAACGUGAUGAAAUUAAAUAAAAAUUAAGAGGGGAAAUGGGGAAGACUGGCUUGAUUCUUUGAGUUCAUGCUAUUUGAAAACGGGGGCUUUGGUUUAAAUGCUGCAAUAAGAGAAAUGCAGAAUCAUAAAAUUAUCGUAAUGGGGUGAAGACGUUUGAAUCCAAGAAUUUUCCCUUUUGACUGCAAACCUUAAGUCUUGUACCACUUUGCAAU